AUGGCGCGUCUGCUGCUCUUCCUCCUUCUCCUCCAUCUCUUCGUCGACCUCGGAGAUUCUGCCAACAACGUGACGUGCGCGUUCAACACGCCGCGGUUCUACGACCCGGCCACCGGCUGCUACCCGGGCCCCGCCAAGAAUUCCGAAAUUUCAACUACCAUCGUCUUUUGGGAGGAUUGGCCCGGUUAUACAGUGUAUUACGUGUGCCCCACGGCGGGCCACAAAAUCUGCUACUCACCCGGGCGAGGCUGCUACGCAACGGCAAAUGUCGGGACACAUUGCAAUUGCGAGGGCGUGGGCGUGGCAUCCGCAAUAAUGUCACCCGAAUACUACGACAGGUGGGAAGCGUCUUUUAAAGGGCGAUGCAGCGCAUGGGAGACGCGGAGAGAGGACGUGGACAUCGAAUCGAUGCUAAAGAUUCGCCCUCCGAUGGUCUACUGUGACGUGUCGGGGCCACCGUACGAUCCGAAGGGCAGAACGUGCAAAAGGUCCGUCACAUAUUCUGGGAUGUGGCCGAGCAUCGCCUUCCGCGAGGACAUCACACAUCCUGACAACACCAUGGUCAUGGUCACCUACGUGUGCGAAAGGGGAUUUUUCUGCUCCGAGGGCGCGAACGGUGACCAACCCUGGCCAACAGCAACGCUGGGACCGCUCGGCGACAAAAUGGGCUGCUGGUUCGAAGCGAGUAAACCCACGUCCUACUCGUCGGGAAUCUGCGAGGCUCUAUCCGCUCAGCCCAGCCUCGCCUAUAAAGUCUCCCCCUCGCUGAAGCGCCUCAUCGAUUCUCGCGACGGUCGCCUCGGCUAUGGUGUGCUCUUCCCGCGCGCACCCGCCGACUUCACCCUCUUCAAGCCGUUCCACUAUGACGUGGCAUGUGAUGUGGCCCAUCGCCCGUGGCACCCGGACCAUGGAUGCGUCGAGUUGAAGCGUCAACUGGCGCCGUUACCCCCAGAGAUCGACGGCCGACGGGACGACACGGGCGACUGGGGCAUCGCCUUCUACGAGAAUGUCCUCAGCAAGGACGGGUACAGCUGGGCCCAUGUUGUCUACGCCUGUGCCGCAUCGAGUGCCCCACCCGACUACGUGUCCUUCUGCGAUGGGAAGGUCGGGAUGCGAGCUGUUGAAGCUGGGUGCUUCACCAGGGGCUGGAGGCCCAGCGCCGCGAAGUCGGCUGACUGCGCGGACCAGACGAAUGUUUCGGCGAGUACACUCGGCGAUUGGCCCCGGAAGGCAGCUGUAUUGUCUGUCGCUAUCGGUCGACCCAUGCUGCAGCUACUCGAGGCUUACGACAAGGAUGGCACCUUGACACUGGGUUAUGGGCGUGUCUUCACCCGGUCCAAGGAGUUUCAGUAUCCGGAAGACUGGCUCACGACGACCACCACCACGACGACUACGACAACGACAACGACUACCACGACAACUACGACGACCACCACGACAACUACGACAACAACCACCACUACCACGACCACCACCACGACGAAAACGUUGCCGGCUUUUGGGCCUGAAGAACAAGCUAGCUACUGGCAAAAGAUGUGGGUGGCGAGCGUCGUCAGCCUGGUCGUCGGCUUUCUCGUCGGUGUCGGCAUCGGCAUAUUGCUGCGGGCUGAGGAUGAAGGCGACCUGGAGAGCGAGAUGGAGCAUCUGGCAAGCCAAGAUUCCGCCUCAACCGGCACCCCGAAGCCUCCGACCAAGGUUACCUCAACAAACAUGGACAUGGAUAUGGACAUGGACAGCGACGAUGGCGGCGCUUCACAAGUGACGCCGCCAGAAGUACGACCAGCCCCCGGCACCCCAGCUCGAUUCCGCUGGGAUUUUCUGAAGUUCGCCUCCUGCGACGGCGCCUACCGAUGGUUUGACUACAAUGAGGAGAAGAACAUCUUCGCGCAGGAACUGGCUCACGGCAAAUGGUAUCGCAGGGAUGUGGCGACGAACGAGUUCAAGGAUUUCGAUUGGAAAACACAAGGAGCUGGCCAGGUCAACGAUCCGUCUGCCCAACAGCCCCGUCGUGCCAAGGAACGCGAGGACACCGUCGUUUACGUGAAAAUGGACUCGACGGUCCCGGUGACGCGCGACUCCUACCAGCAGCCCGUGUACGCCUACAACCAGAAGGGCCAGCAGCUCGUGCCCAGAAAGCACAAUGGGGAGCCGUAUUUCCCGUGCGACGAGAAUCGGCUUCCGCUUUUCCCGGUCAACCUCGAGACGAAGCAGCAGGAUUUCCUGUACACCGAAGACGGCAUUCCCGUCGUGCCGCUCACCGACCACGGCCACGCCAUCGUGCCGCUAGAUUUGUACGGUCUUCCCCACUUCCCGCUCGACCCCUCCGGCUCUAUCAUAUGGCCGGUAGACGAGGAAGGGAAGCCGUACCCGCCGGUGAAUUAUCAAGGAGUGCCCUGCGUGCGAUACGAUGAACAAGGCCUCCCCAUCGUCCCGUUCAACGACGACUUCACGCAGCAGCUCAUCAUGUUCGACAUGAACGGCACCCCGGUGAAGCUCUCCGACUUCAAGAAGCUGUACACCAAGGAGCAGGCUGAUACAUGGGGCGGCGGUCGUCUCCCUCCCCAGCUCUUCAUGCCGGCCGUCGACGAAGCGCAACAAGCCGAAAUGAUGCACCACGAGACGCCCGAUUUCAAACUGCCGGAAAUGACGCCCGAGCUGGCGGCCGCCCUGGCGCAUCACGGCAACCGGCGGAUUGCCGGCAAAUUCCACCUGGAAUACGGGUUCGUCCACCGCCAAUGGGGCGAGGAGGUCGAGCGCAAGCGCCAGGAGCAAGAGCGCAUCUGGAUGGAGGAGCAGCAGCGGUUGUUCAAGGAAAAGCAGGAGGAGGAGAACCGGAAGAAACGACUCGCCAGCGUUCUUCAGGCAAGCCGAGCCAAGGAUCCCGAAGCGGUUGCGCUAAAGCUGAAGGGGGCCAACGAGACGGCCCAGGAGCUGAAGGCCAACAUCCUGGCGAAGAGGGCCCGGCUGAAGGAGGAGGCAGAGAAAAAGAAGGAAGACGCCGAGAAGGAGGUGCUCGCCUAUUUCGACGACGAGGGCAGGGGCGUUGAAAGAGUGGCCGGCCCGGAAGAAGCCUACCGCGCCAGCAUCAAGGAACGACGCGAAAAGCUGCGCGGCUACAAUCGACGACGCUUCGAGCGGGAGGACCGGGACAAGGGCCGUGAAGGAGGAGGAGAGGGAGAUCGAGAUCGAGAACGCUCGAGAGACCGAUCCAGGGAACGAUCGAGGGAGAGGUCGAAGGAUCGAGAACGGCCGCGGGACAGGGAUCGCUCAAGGGAGAAGCGUGACGACGGUCGACGUGGCGGUCGCGACUACGUGGGCGGCGAGCGACGCGGACGUGAACGGUAUUCAAGCGCAAGUGACGCGGAACGGGAUCGGAAGAAGCGGUUGUCGAAGCGGCGUGAAGAUUCCCCGCGUGACUCAAGCGACGACGAACGCGCCCACCGCAAGCGCAAAAAGGAGAAGAAGGAGAAGCGCGAGAAGAAGCACAAACGCCACCGUUCGCCCUCGUCGUCACGAUCUCGUUCAAGAUCU